UUUACUAAAGCCGAAAGUUUUUCUUGGUUUGUUGUCAUCGUAGCAGAAUUAUUGGUUACAUUUAUCCUUAAUUUGAUCACCAUUAUUGUAUUUGCGAAGCAGCGCCAACUACAGCGCAAGAGCACAUAUCUGAUCAUCCAUCUGGCCAUAGUUGAUCUCUUGGUCGGAGCAGUCUCUGGGCCUCUGUGUUUGACUCCUCCAUUAACAAACGUUUCCUUAGAAUAUCUUCGAAGUAUGCUGUGCAGGUUGUUUCCUAUAGCAUCUGCAACUACACUUACUGCAAUUUCUCUGGAGAGACUACAUGUUACAUUUUGUCCAUUUCGACAUCUCACCGUCAAAAAGCGUGCUUACGUCGAAACAAUCGUUGUUAUUUGGGUGAUAUCCAUCUCCUUGGAAAUAAUUCAAACUUUUGCGAUGCAAAGAAAUCUGGUUUCUAUCAGUGUAAUCGUGUAUUUCUCUUAUUUUUCAAGUGUCAUUAUAAUUAUUUCAGUCUCGUAUUUUUCGAUAUGUAUAAAAGUUCGACGUAGUCGGCAUCUUCUACACGAGUCUAUGGCCAUCAGAAACAGAGAAAAGAGACUCACAACUUCCUUAAUCAUUGUUACAUUUGCAUCUCUACUGACUUUGUCACCAGUUUUCAUCUACGUAACUAUACAGAUCUUCUUCAGUGUACCUGAGUUAAGUCCUACCAAAGCAUCAGGCAUUCGGUUUUUUCUCGCAGGGGUUCUAUCCUUGGGCUUAAACUCGUCAAUAAAUCCAUUAAUUUACUCCAUAACGAAUUCAGAGUUCCGAAAAGGCCUUGCACGGAUAUGCUGCAGGCGUCACCGACGC